AUGGAAGUUCUUUUAAUCAUUCUUUAUCGGUCAAGUGGUAUGGAAACACAACAAGUAAGGUCAAGUAAGCUUAAUGGCAAUGAGAUCAAAUGUGUGGAACUAUUCAGAAAUGGCUGGAACCUUACUGAAUGUUGCAAGAACACCGACUACUACAUCUGUGAAAAACCGAAAGGUGAGUUGCUUCUAAAUACGUAAAGAAAGUAACCAAGCCUAUAAAGCCAAAUUAAUUGCUCCUUUACAAUAACGAAUUCGUUGAUGCUUGCAAAAAUCGGUAUUAACGCAACUUUUGUAAAGUUUUUUUGACUAAACAAAUUUCGCGUUCAUAUGCUUUUGCAGUGCUCAAAUAUUUCAUCCAAUUUUCAGCCAAUGCGAAGUACUGUUCUACCGUGCUGGACAAAAAAGCUUCAAUAUGUUCGCUUAGAGCCUGAGCUAUUGCUCUGGUUGCCUGAAUUUCAGCCGACUUCUCGAGUUGCAAACUCCCGAAAGAGAUCGUUCUCCCUGUCUCGAACCCUGCUGCCUCUCAGUCCUCCGCAGAAGCUCUCGAUGGGUAUCCCUGUAAAAAUAGCAAUAAUCGAAGACAAAAAAUAGAAAGUGCGCGGGGGACGAUGGGAUGGUUGCGCGCUCUCUUUUUCUUUUUGAGGGAGACUUGAGAAAACGGCUAAAAUUCAUGUAGACUGCGAGCAGUCUCUCUUUUUCUUCAGGGCCGAGUUGUUCAAAGCUGGGUUAAGCUAACCCAGGGUUAGUGCUAGAUUUGAAUUCAGAUUUGAACGCUUAAAAAGCAUUUCAGUUUUAAUUCUUUUUGUCUACAAGUUGAUGAUUUGAAGCUAUAAUUUAAAACAACAGAGAAAAUUAUCCGAGAAAAUGCUUUUGAACAUAAGAAAAAGAAACCUGGGUUAAAUUUAACCCCGGGUUAAGCGCUAAUCGGCCUUCGAACAACUGGGCCCAGAUUUGAUAUGGGGAGUGCACGCGUGCAAGCGAUGAGCGUCGAAGCCGCGAGAGACGCGGAAAACGAGGGCGGCAGCCGAAAAGAAAAAAGUCGUACCUCCCCUUCUCUCGCCUUCAGUCACGCGCGUGGUGUUAUUGCGUGUCUCGGGCGUUUUGCUCGACGGACCAAGAAAAAAGAGAGACUGCUAGUAGUCUAAAAUUCAUGCAGGCUCUGACGCCAGUUGUUCAAAAAUUAACUAACGCUAUCCUACGGAUGAUUCUCUAUCCGAUGGCAGGAGCCGAUUACUUGCCUAUGGAUAGUGUGACUGGUUGAGUUAUCGACUACAUAGUUACAAAUUUUAUUAGGAAUAGGAUGAUAAGGAUCUAUGACAAAGAUGUUUUUUCAUUCGUAACAAAGGCGGCUCGAAAGAAAAAAAAUCUGAGUACUUCAAAAUGCGGUAGAACCUAUGAGCUUCUGGUUGCUAGUACAGAUGCUCUACCACUAAGCUACAGGAUACUAGAGAGUGCUAAGGCCACUAAACUAGGGUUAUGUGACAAACCAGGGGCACUCAACGAAUAUUUUCUCCAAAAUAUCUCCUUCAGAGAAACAAAUAAUUAUUGCCUAAAGUUUUAUGUUACUUGGGGACGGCUAAAAACUUCUAGAUGAACGUUCCAUUCAUGAACAAUUUUCGAAGCUUGUCCACUAAAUUGCCUAAGAUUUUCUCACGUUAAAUUUUUCACAUUUCACUCCCCAGGCUAGGAUAUUUUUCGUAAAAAAAAACCUACAAUUUCGGAUGCAAAAUGUGAUGGGGAGAGUAAUCAGAAAAAUUAUAACUCUUGUUAUACGUUGAAUCGCUUUUAAAAUUUUCGGGAAAAUAAUAUACUGAAGUCCUUGUAAUUUGGAAAGAUUCACGUUCCCCUGGGAUGAUCGAAAAGAUAAAAAUUUUUAUAGCGCCACUUAGAAUGCACUUAUAAAGGUCUAAAAGUGCUCUGGAUAGCCAAAAAGUGUUGCCAAUGUAUUUAGGAGGAAACCGUCGUUGGGUGUCCCUGGCAAACAUCCUGCAUACUUCAAGGACUAUAAUCUCGGUAUGUGCUUAUACGCAAUGAUGGAGAUGUGACGUUGAAUUUUAAGCCUGGUGAAUACAUGAGAAAGAAAUUUUUCAGUCACUAGGGGACACAGGCGGCUCUGAAAAUUAAACGACAUUCAUUUGAAACCGUUAUAUUUAAUUUGUCCUAUCCAUUAGGUCCACUAAGUUGCCCGCCUGAUCAUGAUGAAGGACAUCUGAAUGGAUUAUCUUGCUACUACAAGCACAGCACUUUAAAAACAUGGGAAGAUGCAAAAAAGGACUGCACUGCUUCUGGAGGCAAUUUGGUGAAAAUAAAUAGUACUGAAAACAAAACUGACACGGGAUUCCUGACCCGCCUAUUGGACACUAUUAAUUUCAAAGAGGUAGCUGAAUUAAGUAAGAAUGACCAAAAAACAGGUAGCACCACGAAAUAAAUAUGGAUAUAAAAAAUACAGCAUUUGUCAGUUACUGAAUAAAGCUGAGUAUGAUAACAACAAUUAUGCAGACUGAGGAGGGCUUUGACCCUGAUUGAAUUGGUUGGUUUUUUCCUAUAUCUCGCAAAUAUGGUAGGCUUCUGCUAAUUAUGAGAAAAUACACGGGAAAUUGAUAGGGUAAUCAGAAACGGCGAAAAAUUUUGUAGAGGUACUCAAUGCCUCUAAAUCUUUACCUGUUAGCAUGCCCUACUGAGAACCUAUACUCGCAGAGGGUAUAGAGGGACGCCUUAUGACAUGUUAUAAUCAAUCACAGACUAACUAGUAUGAAUGUGGACUCAACCGCUGUUCAGUGAUAGAAACAGGUCCUAGACAAGCUUCACAUAAUCUUCUAGGACGGCUCAUCGCUGUUAUCAGGCCCUAUUUAUUCAAAAGGUGCUUUGCGUAUAGUUAUUCACCUUUUGAAAAAUUAGAGCCAGCCAGGGGACAAUGAAACGUCGGUGGCUCAGGGGAAAGAAACGGAAAGAACUAUAGUUAGUACAUUAUCAUCACGAUCAUGAUCAUCAUCGUCAUCAUCAUCAUCAUCAUCAUCAUCAUCAUCAUCAUCAUCAUCAUCAUCAUCAUUAUUACUGAUAUCAUUCGUUAGUUGCUGUUUUGCUUUUUUAUUUUAAAGGACAUUUGGAUCGACCAAGGAAACAAAUCUAAACUAUGUGGCACAAUCUCGAAGACAGAUAAUAGAAAGACAGACCGUGACUGUGGCCAAAGGCAUGCUUAUCUUUGUGAAAAGCCCGUCCCAGGUGUGAUUUCAUUAUGGUGGUACACUUCCAUUUGAAGGCUGCGAAGUAGCUUUAAUUUAAAACAAAUGAGGAAAGUAAGGUCUUCUUGUCAUUAUUUUUAUAUAAACUUUCAUCUCGGCUUUUUACGCUGGUCAAAAACUGCACAAAACCAAAAAGUAUCUCAGACCCUGCUCGGAUCAAAAGAAGAAAAAACGUGUCUGUUGCCUAUGUUUCUUUUUAUAAAAAUUCCUUUUCAAACAAUCAGUAACAUUGGUAUCUGAGGGUACUUGCUAAAAUGGCCUAUAUGGGGAGGCUUCGCCAGAAGGGGGCGCCUUUUUCAGGCUUCAGGUAUAUUAAAGAAUAGGGGUUACUCUUAUAAAGUAUAUAAAAGGUUCGGGAAAUCUGUCAUUGCAGUUCCAGGCGCACUCUGUGGCUGUGAAAAACAUAAGAAAACUGUCUGGUUUAGCGACUUGUUCAUAGCUUAAAGACGGUACAUUUACAGCAGUUAAAAAUGAUGCAGCUUUCUAAAUUGGUGUGUAAAAGGGGUGCCAUUUGUCAAUUAAAGGUAUGCGAAAGGGGCCCGUUUUUUUGUCAAAAACUGGUAUAUAAAAGGGUAAGGAGUUGGACCUCGGGGCGGAGCCUUUCCCGUAUAAAAUUUUGUUGAGUACUUUCCCCUCUUACUUACGUGCUUUGACCUCCCCUCCCCACGCCUUGGUAAUGUGGCAAAGUCUUUAGUCCAGAAUUAAAAAACGUUGCUUUUUUCUUUAGGUAAAGUUUGUCAUAAUAAGUGCCCAGGGAAAAUGUCAUCUGUUCCCACUGAAGUCAAUUGCUCAUUUCCAAAAAGUCUCUGUUUCAAGUACAGUAAUAAGAGCGCGAAAGAUGGACAAGUCACCGAACAAGGGUGUAUAUCAGCUGAACUAUGCAGACAAGUUGACAACCAAAAAGGCUUGGAAUGUUGCCAUGGUGAUUUGUGUAAUACAGGUGAAGCGGGAAAGGCUGAUCAAAAUCGAAGCUCUAAUUACAGUUUGGAUGCAGUGCUCAGUACAUAAAACCCUAUUCAGUUUGAUCUCGCUUUUGGUUGUUCUGGAACCGACUGGCAACAAUAAUGUUCAUGAUAAAGUUCAAAGCGCACUCUGGCUGGUCGAUAAAGCGUGCUUUAUGGGAGCCUAAAACCCGGAGCUAAAGCUGUCAUGCCCUGCCAAUAUAGUUUGUUUUACGUCUCGUGUUCGCCUUACACAUCUUUUGUGCUCUUUCCGCUUCCUGAGUGCUUUACAACAGAGCAAAGCACAAUCAAAGCUUUUUUAUUUGUUAAGCACAGUAAUGGACGAUUUUAAAUUGUUUUUGGCAAAUCAGCAGUGUAUAUAUCAAAUACAAAAAAAGUCUAGGAUUGGAGAAGUUAAGGGACGUGAUGAGGUGAUAUGACAUAUAGGUUACGUCAUCCCUCUGAUUAAUGGCCGAGUCAUCAUCUUGAUGACAUUCAUCACGUUUAGAAAAGUUUGAAAGCAGGACUAAAUUGAAUCAAAAUCAACAGAUAGAUACCAAAAUGAUUGAAAGUUUUUGAAUUGAUCACCAGGGAAAUAUGACAUUGAUUUUCACUGUAUAGUUCUCAGUAUUUAUUUAUUUUAUCAUGAUAUUUAUCAAUGAUCUGCGACGUAUAAAAAAGUUCUUAAAAUGAAAAUAAAAAGUCCCCGAAUGUUAUCCUUUCUUAAAGGGAAAUAGCACAUAUUUAUCAGUAAAAGUGACUAGGGUUAGUGAUUUCGGCGCAAAUUUCUCGGUCUAAUUGUUCGAAAUUGUUGUUUUUCUCCGUUCCAACAAUAUCCUGCUAUGGAUGUGAAAACAGUUCAUCUCUUGAUGAAUGCCAAAAAAACCAAGACGACGUAGAUUGCCCCAUACCUGUUCACUACUGCGCAAAAGUUAAGUAUCAAUCGAUAACAAGAGAGGGCAAAAUACAAACCUCUUAUCGCUACGGAUGUGUUACCAAAGAUCAGUGUGAUGCGACCUAUGAAAAGAUUGUAGAUUGCUGCAAAGGCGACAAGUGUAAUACAAGUAAGAAGAAAUUAUAUUUUAUCUUAGAAACAAGAAUCGCCGAAAGGCAAUUUUUAACGGGACUGCCAAGGGGCUAUUUUUUCUGAGGGGAGGGGGCGGUUAUACACACUCAGGCUACCAUAAAGCCUUGUCAGAAUCUCAUGUGAGACUGAAACAUAAACUCAUUCAGAACACUGUACCCUUUUGAAAGACUUUCGUGACAAAAAAAAUGAGUACCAUUUUUAAGUGGGGGCUAUAUAACAACUUUUAAAUUCCACUAUUAUGAAUAAAAAUAAACAAGUUAGCGAUAAUUUUAAGCAGGAAACGAUUUGCAUUUUUUUCACGCACCCCUCCCUCAAUCCCUCUGCCCCCCAAUAUAUAGCGCGACAGUAUAACGUGACUAAUUUUGACUUAACCGGAAAUUCCAAAACUCAUUGUUGUUCUACAAGUAUAAAAUGCGACAGGGGCAGCUACUCGCCACUGGGCUGAUUUACACUAGACAGAAAUAUUGUUUUGUACGAAAACCAGAAGUUUACUAAAACAGACAGCCAACUGCCCAUUGAUCCCGAUGCGGGGGUCUCACUGUCUGCAACCCUCAGACUUUAAAUAGACGAUACUAAAUUGCGGUCUACAGUCUACAUGAAAACGCACUUUUUUUUCCACAAGAAAAAAAAUAUUCAGCUUCAAGAUUUUCCUCUUGUUUUUUUACUCUAACUUAAAGGAAUAAAAUCCUCGCUUGCAUGUUGCUUUCAUCAGCACGUACUUUAAACAAUGUAAAUAGAUGAAACGAUUGCUAACAUAUUUUUUACCUGAUACCGAUGUGAGUUAAAAAUUCGCUCGAGUUCGCUGUUUGUCUUACCCAUGACUAACUUUUCCUCAUGGCAGAUUUAUAACUGUGCCGCUUUAUAACUCCUCCGAAGUUUUCGUGCCAGCUAGUAAACAAUAUGGAAACACUAUUCACAGUCCUUGGAUAUUAAAUAGACUGAACGUAACGCACUAUGUGCCCAUGUUUACUUCUGAUCACAUGUGCACGAACUCUCUCUUUUCAAGCAAUACGUCUCAGUGCACAAUAAUUGACCCUUACAUUAAGUAUAUAAAACCCUUUGGUUCAUUCAUAUUAAUACUGUUUUUGCCCCUCACAUUUACUGUCUUCGUUCGUAUUCAAAACACCUUUUGGAAAAUAAAGGUCGUGUAAGUCAUGUGUAUUAUGUUUCGAGAUAAAUGGCUUAUACUCUUUUUUAAGUUCCCAUUUUACGGUGACUUCAGUUUACAUCUCCAUAAAAUGGUACAAGAAACAUCAAGAAACAUCACGCAAGCUGAAAAUUUACAAAGGCAUGUUUUUUGAAACUCGCUAAUGCUGACAUCAAUAUAUCGUGCUUGCUGAAUGGGCGAAAACACAGAAUUGUGUACAAGAUACAGACAAAAGCAAACCCCUGAAACCUUGACCUGGGCUACACUUGUAUGCUCUACUCAGUCACCAAACCUUGUCAGUAAUAGUUCCUAUUUUCCUCAAGUUAGUCUCUGUCAAACUCCCGGAUGGGAUGUCCCGGUGAAGCUUUGAACUUGUGUGCAAAAUUCUCGAAGUGCGUAUUUUUGUCCGUGUCUUCUUUAUCCUCAGUAUCCGAAUUUUAGACCUCCAAAGUGGCGUGUGUUGCAUUAAAUAGAAAGAAAUAUUUAAAGGAAAAGCCAGUCUUCUAACAUGGCAAAGUUGUCACGUCCCUCGCUCAUGGACGUCCAUUUUAUAACAUCAGGUUCAUCUGACAUUCAUCGGCAACUGAGUUGUUCGCCUCACUGAGUACGAUACAAUCAAGUCUUCAGCCAUAGUGUCGUCAACUGGUGAAAUACUUUGCUUAUUAAUUCUGCGUAUUAAUUGCUCAUGUACUACAUCGAUCGAUAAUUUUCUCUUUGCGUUCACGAAACGACCCCGGCGUUCCAAACCUGACGCUCACAGUCAUCUUUUAGCGUGAACCUACCGUGAACGGUGUGUGGGUUUGUAGGCAACGUGAGCAUUUCUCUGAGUUUUCAAGCGCCAACAUUAUGAGCAACUGACUUAAACUCGAAGAGUGACAAAACUUGUAGAGUGACGCCUAUGAUCGAAUCGCUUUGAACAACGCAAAUAGCCUUCUUCAGGUUCGCAGCGCCUUCUUGGGGGGUGGGAGGAGACGAGGUACAAAAAGUAUUCGUGCAAGAGUCCGUGCAAGGGAAAAUCGUAUGAAACCAUUUGCGAGAACAUCGUUUCUCGGUACCAGAACCUCGUGUCUUCCCUCCCCCGGGGGACCGUUUUUCUGCACAGACGACCGAAAACCGAAUUUAUAACUGGGCAGCCCUAAAAGGGGGCAGCCCAGUAAAGAGCAUACUUUUCAAUCUCGUUCCCAGGGACUUCUCGUUUUCAAAUGGCGGCGGCAUAUUGGAAAACGAGAAGACCCUUGAACGAGGUUUUCAUAGUUUGA